AUCUGCCAGAGCCUCUGCUCCUCUCUGACUGACCUCACCCAGGGAGAAGAUGAAGAUCUCUGCAGCUCUUUUUGCUCUUCUCCUCAUUGCAACCUCUUGUUCCCAAACUUUUGCUGGCCCAGUUGGAUCUGACCUCCCAAUCUGCUGUUUCUCUUACACAAGCCACAAGCUCCCACAGAAGCUCAUCCUGCGUCACUACAGCACCAGCACCAGUUGCACCCUGCCAGCCAUCGUAUUCAUCACAAAGAGAGGCCGCCAAGUCUGUGCCAACCCCAGUGACACCUGGGUGCAAAGUUACUUGCAAAACUUGAAGCAGAACUGAGCAAAGCAAGAUGGCAAGCGUAGCUGUUGUCAUGCUGAGUUGUGUUAUCCUGAGCUCCUGCGGUGGAUCGAGACCCUGGAGUGACAGGAGUUGCAUGAGCUCGUGUCAUCAACAGGGAAUACCAAGGAAAACUGGAAGGGCACCGUGAGGCACCUCGUGUCGGGCUGCUGCUGCUUGCCCUUGGCUUUCAUGGACCAGUCUGCAACCUCAUCUCUCUGCCUUGACAACUCCGCCUGUGGCCUGGGAAGGCCCAUGGGGCUGCACCUGAAUGAUUCUUAUCUUAUUUUAAAUUAUUUAAGACAUUAUCGCAUGGCCUAGGCAAUAUGUUCUUGUGCGGAUAAUAAUGCUGUUUAUGAACGAGUGGCAUUUGUGGGAGUCUGGCUGAGUCUCAGC